GAACGUCCAUGUCGACGAUUUUCAAGAGAACGUUUAGUAGCAAGUCAAGCUUAAAUCAAUUCAAACUACCAUGGUUCAGUCAGCAGCUUCAGAAGUUCUCUAAGCAACUAGAAGCCCAGCCAGUUUUGAACGAGAAAGCUGAGAAACAGCCAGAAGAGAAGACGCUGAUAGAGCCAGCGAGCAUAAAUAAACCAAUUAUAGAGAAAGAAUAUAAGCAGCACAAAUACUCAACCGCAUGGUUCAAAAUUUCCCAUAAGAAGUUGAAUGACCUCGCUAGUCAGAUCGCUAGCAAACCGGUCGAUAGCGCUAUCUUGCAAAUGCAGUUCUCUGAGAAGAGAGCAUCGAAUAGAAUCAAGAGCACGCUUGCCUUGGCUAGGGAUCACGCCGUCGCAAAGGGUCUCGAUAGAUCUUCUCUCAUCGUCAAGGAAGCGUAUGUUAAUAGAGGUACACCACACAAAAGAAUGGAUAUCAAGGGUAGGAUGAGAACUGGUAUAAAGGAGCACCCUCAUUCCAGACUGCACGUCGUUCUCACCCCCCAGAAGUCAAUUGAUCAACAAAAAGCGGAAAAAUACAGCAAGAAACUCAACAAAGUGAGGUCACCAGGAGUUGUUAGGCAAUCACCAAAGAUUAUAAACAGUGUACCAUACUACAAUUGGUAAUUCAUCACUUAUUUCGUUUUAGAUAAUUUUCUAUGCUGCUGAGGUGUGUUCUGAAGGAGUCGUUUUCUCUAUCAUUAGCGUGUCUGUCUGAUGUAUUCUGCUUGCUGGUAAUAGUGCCCCGCUGUUUGCUCCUGCUAGCACGUUCGUUCUGCUGAGCAGCCCGCUGCUGGUCGGGUAUCCAGUUUGACUUGAGAAUGCGGCGUAUACUCUCGGGCGAGCGCUUGAACUUCUCACUCAGGCUUGCUACGUUGAACUGCAGGCUGUCAUAUUGGUGGAGCUCCUUUAUGCCAAUCAUAGCUGCUCUCGAGAGCUUAUUUUUUGGUUUCCAGCCGUCUGGGUACUUGCUCUUUAUUCUGCUGUUAUGCUUCUUCCAAUAGUCGCGAUCUUUCAACUGUCUUCUCUCUUGCUUAUCGGUGGCAACGAGGGAAGAUAAAGCGAGGGGAGAAGCGUUUGAAGGCGUCCAAUCACGUUUUCUCGGUAAAUUAGUAUAAAAUAUUUUAGUUUUGUUCAUUUUUCCUGAUUUUUAAAUUUUUAAUCCUAGCAAUCAAUCCAGAGAAGGCUCACUUGAAAAACUACCAC